UUUAUCAGGAAUGUUGAAAAAUCCAUCUCAAGUAUUCGGUGACAAAGGCCAAUGAUGCUGCCCAAACCUGGGAUCUAUUAUUUCCCCUGGGAGGUCUGUGCUGGCCAAGUUCCUGAUGGGGACACUCUGAGGACAUUCGGCAGGUUGUGCAUCUAUGACAUGACCCAAUCCAGAGUGACACUGAUGGCUCAGCACGGAUCUGAUCAGCAUGAGGUUCUUGUCUGUACCAAGUUGGUGGAGCCCUUCCAAGCCCAGGUGGGCUCCCUGUACAUUGUCCUUGGGGAGCUCGAGCACCAGAAGGAUGGAGGCUCCAUGGUGAAGGCCCGGGUGCUGACUUGUGUGGAAGGGAUGAACCUGCCCUUGUUAGAACAAGCCAUCCAGGAGCAGAGGCUGUACCAGCAAGAGAGGGACCGCAGCCAAUAGGAAAUGGCAGCCCCGACAACAUCCCCCAUCCCACCAGCUGCCGAGGCCAAACCCGCUGGAGCUGCAGGAGCCCUGCAGAGUGUACACGCUUCCCAAGGGAUGGCCGUUGUCUGGACCAGAGCGUUGAGGGGCGGGUGUUUAAUCCAGCUCCUUCCCCUAAUCUGGAAUUGGCCCAGAAAUGAGGCCCUGGAGAGCAGGCCCCCAAAGCUGCGCCCCCUGCCCCCCGGAGACUGCAGGUGGUCAAGCUCUGGGCGCUGGAGCUGAGCCUCGCAGGGGGACAUGGAGGGUUCCAGAAGGUCCUCGUGAAUAAAGGCCCCACUAGUGGGCGUGACUCUA